AAACAUGAUGGAUGCAGAGGGCAAACAAGGGUGAGACUGUGAGAGUUGUUGUCUAAAGUAAUACGGGUACGGGGUACCCAAAAUUGGAGGGAGGAAAUCGUAAAAUCCUAACGGUCCUAUAUUAUAAAGGAGAAGAGAAGAGAAGAGAAGAGAAGAGAAGAGAACCAGAUUCUCGACGGUGCUCUCUUAUUCGUGUUCUUCUUGUUGGUUGUUCCCAAAGUCCAAAGAAAGAAGAAGCGGCGAAACGAAACGAUGUCGUACGACGACGUUGAGAUCGAAGACAUGGAGUGGAACGAGGAGCUUCAGGCGUACACGUACCCUUGCCCCUGCGGGGACCUCUUUCAGAUCACCAAGGACGAUUUGAAGCUCGGCGAGGAAAUCGCUCGCUGCCCUAGCUGCUCCCUCUACAUCACCGUCAUCUACAACAUCGAAGAUUUCUCCGAUCACAAUCGCAACAACAAACCUCUCCAACCUUCAAAUUCCCAAUCCCUCACCGUUGCUUGAAUUUUCAGGUGUCCUGGAACAAGUUUUGCCACAGCUUUUGACUUAUUGUAGCAUACACACGUCUUGCUUUGCAGAUAGGAAUUCUUGUUAUUUGAAAUGAAAAGGGAGAGAUAAGCGACACCAGAGAUUAUAUAGUACAGAAAGAGCGCUAUCAUUUCUGUAUCAUUGUUAUGUGGGAAACUAGCUAAGUUUUAGUUAUUGAACUUGGUUGAACUUUUGAUAGGACAUCGAUUCUUAUAAAAUAAACCAUCAUUGGUAUAUUAUAAUCCCACGGCUAAGGAUGGAAUGUGAUUAUUUAUCAACCUUUUAUCUUAUUUUGGAGCUUAUUCAUUAUUCUAUGCUAUAGCUGCUCAGUAGUAUAAAUGGGCGAAAACUUUGGUGCAGCAGGUAUUUGACCAUGUGAUUAGUCAAUGUGUUUGUCC